CAAAAUCAAAAUUAGGUGAAAUAAAAAUUGUGAUGGUGGUUAUUUCGACAACAAAGAUAAUGACAUUGAUGAUGUGAGGUCUAUUUUUUUCAGAUAUACAAAAUGUGUUUUUUUUGCCACUAUGGUGAUCACAUCUGCCAUUUAUGUUUCUGUUAAAAUAUGCCAAUUUUUACAAGCUGGUCUUGGAGUCUCAGCCAACAUCCUCCUCCUUGUCUUCCACAUCUUCGUGUUCCUUCUGGAUCACAGGCCUAAGCCCAGACUGAUCAUCUGUCACUUGUCCUUUGUUCACCUAAUGAAUCUCUUUAUUGAGCUGUCUUUAUUGUCUGUGUUAGGCUCCAGCAAGGCUGUGGCUCAGGGUAUCAAGGCCGCUCCUGGCAGCGAGGCCGUUCGCAGCGAGGUUGCUGGCGUCUGGGCCGUUCCCCUCUGUGUGUCAGCGGGGCCGCUAGUGUCGGGACCGCUGGCGUCUCGGCUGCUGCUGGAGUGCUGGGACCGCUGGACCGCUGGCGUGCUGGAUCAGCUGGCGUUGGUACCUCUGGCGUCUCCGCUGCAACGGCGGGUCCGCUGCAGGUGGCUCCGCUGCUCCCCCCCACGACGCUGCCGAAGCUGCGGUAUGGGCGGGGCUGCAGGCGUCGGAGCUGCCGGCGGCGGCUUGGGUCCUCUGGCGGCUUGGCUCCAGGUCAUCACCAUCAGCCCCAGCACCUCCUGGUUGGCCAGGUUUAAAUCUAAAUUCACAAAGUACAUCUUUCAUUCUUUUGUCAUCUUAACCAUAAGUUUGUCUCUCAGCAGUAACUGCAUAUUGUUUUCUGUCGCAUCUUUCAACGUGACCCAGACCAAUCUACUGAAUGUCAGUAAACACUGCUCACUUUCCCCCAUGGACUCCAUCAUUAGGGGGCUGAUCUUAGCAUUGAUGAUAUCCAGGGAUGUCUACUUUGUCGGAGUCAUGCUGCUCUCGAGUGCAUACAUGGUGAUUCUCCUGUCCAGGCAUCAGAGGCGUUGCCAACACCUUCACAUCACCAGCUUCUCCUCAAGAGCCUCUACAGAGAAAAGGGCCACCGAGACAGUCCUCUUGUUGGUGAGUUUCUUUGUGGUCGUGUACUGGGUGGGCGUCAUCAUCUCAUUCUCCUCAACAAUGCUAUGGACUUAUGACCCAGUCCUCUUGGAUUUCCAGAGGCUUCUGUCCAAUGUCUAUGCCACUGUUAGUGCUUUGGUACUCAUUAGUUCUGAUAAAAAUGAAAAUGUGUUUCAGGAGUGUGGAAAAGUUACAAACAAUUUCUAA